AAAAUAUUAGAAGUAUCAAUUGCUUUGAUGUGUGUGUUCUUGAUCAAUCUCGCGGUGCUCUUGCUUCAGUCCUCAGAUUGAGAUAUUUUCUGACCGGAGGAGGAAGGAGAAACGAUGGGUUGUGUCCUAAUUUCUUCUUGUCCCCCGUCCUCGCUCGUGCUCGCCUCUCACCCUCACCAGUUCUCUGCCGGAAUCAAAAGCAGUGAGAUUCCGGUUCGUCUUCAAUUUUCUCCGACCCGUAGAACCCUAAUUGCGAAACCAUGUUGUUUCAAUCUCCCUCAAGAACCCAUUCUCUCCGAGGCUCUCAAGAUUAGUGAAUUUAUAUGUCUGCGGAUGACAAUAUUGAUUGCGUCAGGAAACUCAAAUAGCAAUUUAGCAAAUUAUAUAUAUCAAUUGAUUUCCAUGGAAGCCUUGGAAGCAAUCUCUGAAGGAAAGUUUGACGAAGCUAUAGAUCAUUUAACAAAAGCCAUCAUGCUAAACCCCACUUCAGCAAUUCUCUACGCCACCAGAGUUAAAAAGCCAAAUGCUGCAAUCCGCGAUGCAAACGUGGCUUUACAGAGUAUGGUUUCAUACACAUUCCUGAAAGAAUGGGCAAGGUCGGAGGCGAAGAAGAAGGCCCAGGCAUCAAAGCUCCGGCUAUCUCAUCAAGCUUACACAGCUUCAUCUAUGAUUUGGAGUUGCAAUAGGCUUACAGCGGUAAAGCUGUAUCACUUCCAGAAACCGCUGGUGUUCCAAAUGUCAAGUGGUUUGGUGUUAAAGGAAGCUAACCUUGAAUGGCACCUCAUGCUUCUUCAUCUCAAAGUGUGGUACUGGAAAUCAUUGUCACUUUAUCAGGUGAGUAAUGAAGUUUUAAACCGAUCAAAAAAAAAUCAUCGGUUUGAUUUUAUGUGAUUUGAGAAGAUCCGCUUCCCCCUCAAGCGUCACUGGGUCGAGUUUUUUUAUACAAAUAAUUAGAUCCGCGUGUUUUUAAAUGGGUCUUGGGUCGGAUAUUUUUAGCUUACCGAGUUGACUCGGUCGACUCGGUUGAUUUUACCCCAAACUAAAUCCGUUGCCAAACAGUUUUUUGUCUUUAGUCUAAUGGCAUAUUUUGUAAAUAAUUGAUUUUUUUCGAGUAUCUCAAAAAGUGACUUCUCAAAUAAUAUUAUAGAGAUGUUGUUCUGAUUGUUGUUAGCCAACAAUUGUUACCACCUAAAAAGCUACAUUUGCGGAUGUUAAUAAAAAAAACUAAUCAAUUUUUAACUUUAUAAA